AGCUGCAGGGACCGCCAGGAGAGGAGCUGCGACACAGACCGGUGGAUCUUCGGUAUUAUUUUUCCCGGUUCGACGGCAGGGGCAGGGCGCAGUCACACGCCCGAGAGGCGGGUCUGUUUGCGCGCAGCUUCCAGGGACUUUGAUUGUGAAGGGGAGUGAAUCAGAGGACACACAGAGCGGAGGGGUAUUCAGGCGGGGAAAGACUUGUGAUCAUCGUUGUCCUUUCCAGCGCGGACACUGUCCACUGCGUCCUGACGGAGUGUUUUAACAGUGGAGCUUCCUCGUCGCCAAAUGGAUGUGAGUGCGUGAGGAGAAUACUAAUGAACGGCGCGCUGCGUCCUGCUGAGGCGCACCGCGUCCCCCGCUGCUACUGAGGGCCACAGCAGAGCUGAUCAGUCAUCCAGAGUGCACCGGGGCCUGCGCACCCCCUCCGCCUCGACUUUUACACCCUCAAACCAGGAAUUACCGAGCGGGUCUGAGCACAGGAGAGGAUUUAUUUCCAGACUCAGGUGGUGGAUAAAACCCUCCAGCAAGUGCAGGGGGGAAAAAACGCCAAAAUGGGCAACAGCUUCUCCAACAUCUCUGCCUUCCAGUCUCUUCACAUUGUCAUGCUGGGUUUGGACUCUGCUGGGAAGACCACAGUCCUUUACAGACUCAAAUUCAAUGAAUUUGUCAACACUGUUCCCACGAUCGGGUUCAACACUGAGAAGAUCAAGCUCAGUAACGGUACCGCGAAGGGCAUCAGCUGUCAUUUCUGGGACGUGGGGGGCCAGGAGAAGCUGAGGCCCCUGUGGAAGUCCUACAGCCGAUGCACAGAUGGGAUCAUUUAUGUUGUGGACUCUGUGGAUGUUGACCGGCUGGAGGAGGCCAAGACUGAACUGCACAAAGUCACCAAGUUUGCCGAGAACCAGGGCACGCCGCUGCUGGUCAUCGCCAACAAGCAGGACCUGCCCAAAUCUCUUCCAGUGGCAGAUAUUGAGAAGCAGCUGGCUCUGCACGAGCUCACCCCAUCCACCACCUACCACAUCCAACCUGCAUGUGCUAUAAUAGGUGAGGGGCUCCACGAGGGUAUGGACAAACUGUAUGAAAUGAUACUGAAGAGGAGGAAAUCCCUGAAACAGAAGAAGAAGCGGUAACAGCUGCUGAUUCUGUGGACAGUGUUUGAGUCUCAUUUACUGUAAGGAGUCCGGGUUCUGCCAGUGUUGUCCCAAACAGGUUUACUUUGCAGUGAUUAAAAAAACCAACAACAAUGUUUGGAUUAAAGCUGUUCGAUGCUGUGAAGCUCCGCUUUUGCAGGAUAUAACGUACAAAAUAACCAAAAAAGAAACUUGAAAUGACUCUUCAGAUCAGCCUGGAGGGAGAGAAACAGCUGGCCUGUUUAUCUGCUGCUUCAUCUGGACUUUGAACACAGUUUGACUCUGAACAAGAAGCUCCUGCUGUAGCUCACCAAGGACUUUUAUGGACUCAUAUUUUUUAUUUCCACCCACAGGAUGUCUACUGUGGAAACACAAGUUUGAUUUUGCACGAGGCUUGGGGUCACUUGUGCCCCCUGCUCUUUUUUCUUUUUGAGAACAGACAUCGCCUCUUUGAUUAUGGAUGUCAUGCCGACUGUUUUUCUGGAGCAUUGAAGUAGCCUUUCCUCUCAGUGUGGAGGACAGUGUGUCCACUACUUUGCACUUUUCAUUUCCUAACGGACAGUAGAGAACUACACUGUAUUAAUAGAGGAGCAGAACCAGGUGGUUUAUGUACUAAGAAGCCAAAAGUGAAGUAUUUUUUGAAUAUUAAAAGAUUUAAAAUCCA